UUUGCUUACUCGUGCGAACAUUCUGUCGAAAAAUGCACACGUUGAAGUGUACACCGUGCCAUCCAAUAGCCGCCUCGGGCGACCACUGUGUCCUUUUUUUUACACCCUCCCUGUUUUCCUUUCUCUUCAGUCUACAGUCAACCUGUUAUUGCUUUUGGGGACCACCAACUCAUCCUGAUGAAUACUGCUGUUCAUCCACAAGAUCAUUGGAAAAUUGACGAAAGAAUGAUAUGCGGAUAGGACGCCAGUGAGGAGAUGUGCUUUGCAUCUCGUCAGUGACAAUCGGUAUCUGAAUUGGAAAGGCAGCCGCCUUGGCAAUGUAUGCCGUGACGUUGUCAUGCCAAUCAACUAGACUGUCUUGCAGUCCGCACCACACCUUGCUACAUAUCCACUACGUACUUCUCGCCAUACGGCCGGCUGUGUGUACAGGAUCCAAACUCAUUUACUCGGCAUUUACGUCACAGGACAACCCUACGAAAUAUCAGCGCGCGUUGGACAGCUAGACGUCACGGGUCUGCUGACUAACGGGCGGCUCGUGGAAAAAUACGGCCCGAAUUCUCAGGCUGGCUUCUUUGCAUAUGAUUUGCUGCGUGCCUCACCCUAGACAAGAUGGGCUGUACUAUGAGUGCCGAGGAUCGGGAAGCAGCAGAGAAAAGCCGACAAAUCGACAAGGCUUUGAAAGAUGACGGACUACAAGCAGCCAAGGAUGUUAAGUUACUACUGCUGGGUGCAGGGGAAUCGGGGAAAAGCACAAUCGUCAAACAGAUGAAAAUUAUUCACGAGGAGGGGUUCAGCGAUGAAGACGCAAAGGUUUACCGACCAGUUGUAUUCAGCAACACGUUACAAUCUAUGGUGUCCAUACUGAGAGCUAUGGAGAAACUGGAGAUAGCUUACGAAGACCCGGGAAGAGAGGACGACUGUAAGAUGGUGCUUGACAUUGUUAGUAAGAUGCUAGACUCAGAACCCUACUCCGCCCCCCUGAAAGGCGCCUUAAUGAGACUCUGGUCUGACAUGGGUAUCCAGGAGUGCUUUAAUCGUUCAAGAGAGUAUCAGUUAAAUGACUCCGCGCAAUACUUCUUAGAUAGUUUGGACCGCAUCGGAUCCGACGACUACCUGCCUAACGAACAAGACAUCCUACGGACACGAGUCAAGACAACAGGAAUAGUAGAAACCCACUUCACAUUCAAAAAUUUACAUUUCAGACUAUUUGACGUAGGAGGUCAAAGGUCGGAACGAAAGAAGUGGAUACAUUGUUUUGAAGACGUCACUGCAAUCAUCUUCUGUGUAGCACUUAGUGGAUACGACCAACGGCUGUUAGAAGAUGACACAACGAAUCGGAUGCAUGAAAGCCUUAAACUGUUCGACUCAAUCUGCAACAACAAGUGGUUCACCGACACCUCCAUCAUCCUCUUCCUCAAUAAGAAAGACCUCUUCGAAGCCAAGAUUGAGAAAUCUCCUCUAACAAUCUGUUUUGAGGAGUAUGACGGUGAGAAUGAGUAUUCAGCUGCCGUGAUGUACAUCCAGUCACAAUUUGAAGCCCUGAACAAGAGCAACAACAAGGAAAUAUACACACACAUGACGUGUGCUACAGACACUACAAAUAUCCAAUUUGUGUUCGACGCCGUCACAGACACCAUCAUUGCAAACAACUUGAGAGGAUGUGGCUUGUAUUGAAGCGAACUAGUCCAUUGGUAUCUGUUUGCAAACAAUGUAUAUAGAAAAAUUGGGCCUCGAGAGUAUCUCGUCUGGUCCCAUAUUUGAAGAUCAAGCCUUUGUGCCGAUACGAAUCGUCAGGAAGCUGCAUCUGUGCCGUCAACAGGGCGGGAAAUUUUAAAACUGCUGAGUGGCGGCGGUUGAGUUCGAUAAUACGCGAUGAUUUCGCAAAGGAGAUUUGGUCGAGAUCAGCAGUCAUCAAAACCGGGAGUCUUUGAAUCUUGAGAGUAAGUAUAUCCCGAUGGUAUAUUUCUACCAUCCUUGUUUACAGCAUUAUCAAAUUCACGCUCGUCAACAGAGAAGGACAAUGUUGUCAACCAACAGUGACGCUGGGAGAUUUUGAACGCCAGACAUAUCUUUAUACUCGUUUUCCCGCCUUCGGAAUAACAAAUCUGACUAUCUACACGAAACAGUUUUAUUGAAAUGUGAUCUGUGUUGUGACUGACAUUAUGUUAACGUAGUGAAUACCCUCAGUUCCAGUAAUGCCUAUUGCAGCAGAAACCAUGGUCAUUUUGUUCACUCUUUGGCAUGUGAUAGUGUUGUGUAGUGUUCACACAAUGCAACCAAGCUAGCCUGCUCACCUCUCUCAGGAGUAGCUUGGUCAUGAUAUUCCAAACUGUAUGUUGGCUUGCUGGGGUGUUGUUAUGUUCUGUGCCAUCUGUUGUUUAUCUCUUUAAUGCACUUCGCCAUCAAUAGCAAUUGGGGUUUCACUGCGACAGAGAGACUUAAAAUCUUUGACAGUAUUACAAGACUAAGAAACUGCAUUAUGAGAAAGUAUAUAUUUUGAAAUAUCACAGCCAAAAAGCCAAAGUGUGUAACACAGUUGUAAAUCAGCUGACUAAUGACGUAAUGUUGACGUACAAAACUGCCUUUCGUCUCUGAGAACCACCGGGAAGAUAUACAAAACAAUUUACAUUAAUAGGAUCAUAUGGGUGGUCCGUCAGUAUGAGAUAAUGCACAAAGAAAUCUUGUCAUCCUUUGCUAUCUCGUGGAAGCAUAAUUCUCACUGUCUGAGGCCUGGCAGAUUUGAGCAAUGUCUAUCACCAGUAAGCACGCACUGCCAUAAAGAUGGCAAUACAUGUAUACCCAACUCUUCCAAGGUAUGAUUUCUCCAACUCAGGCGUAUCUUAUUCAAUGAGAGGCUUGGUUUGUCGAGCUGUGCAUUAUAUGUUAAUUUGCUUGGGAUCGGCAGUUCAUGUACAUGUAGGUGGCGUCAUAUAUACUGCACUGGCACUAUAGUAGCAGAAUAAUGUGUAAACAUGGCGGUCAUAUCGUCGCUGUGAGAAGUAUGUGGAAGUCAUGUACAUGUACAUGUAUGUGGAUCGACUGUACAUGUACAUCUCAGGCCUACCAUUCUCUGUGCGAAGGUAAAAGUAUGGCGCCGACACUGAUUUCAUUUUUACGGGGUCGUAUCAGCAACAUCUGCGUUUGGAAAUUUGGUUUGAGUACGGUGAAGAGUGUAUCAAACAAAAAGUUACCAGGUUAAGCAAACAUUUUACAAGACAGCAGUAGACAGCUUACCUUGAAUCAUUAUUUGAUGCAUUAGGCUUUGUGUAGACAACACGUACACGUUAAAGCCUCACCUUGAAUUAAUAAAUCGAAGCGUAUCGUAAAGACAGGAUCAACAUAAGCCUUUCCAUUAGAUGCUUUAAAAGAAGUGACUUGAUAAACAAAUGUUAGUUUUACUCCGGGCCGUGAAUAAACCGUAAGAGUAACCUAUCAGGACCAGGGCGUGCGUAUGCUGUAUCAAAAGAUACUAACAAUCUUGAGGACUCUCCAUGACUUAUACUGGAGCACUGUUUAUUCUUUUGUAUCAGUGGUUACUAUGGCAUUUGCCAACAGGUAAAAACACGUUUAGCUACAUGUGCCUAAAUAUAUUUGCAUAAUAUAGCAACAUAUUUCUCUCUGUUUGGGCAGUUUUUAGGAAAGCAAUUCAAAUGUUUGGACAAACUGAGUAUACGCAAGUAGGCCUAUAGGAAUAAAUUCAAAUGACAUUAUGUUACAAGUCACAGCAUAUACAUCAACGUCUGAGAGAAAGCCAAGGCCCCCAAACCUGGUCAUGAUAAGGUUAAACUAUUGACUACAAACCUCUUUCAAUGAUCCAAAUCAAGCUGAACAGGUAUUUCGAUUGGCUGUAAAGCUACGAGCUGAAUUAUUCAUCCUGCCUGUUGAUGCACUGCCCAUGUGGGCAGUAACACUUGCCGUUGUCACCUCUGGUUCUGCAUGCUGUAGUAAUGUGGCUAGAUAUACGCUUGUCAGACAUUUUGGUUUCACAGUUCUGGCUGUGACUAGCCAACCAUCGUGGGGCGGGGCAAGAGUUGGUUGAGAUAAUGCUGCUGUGGUCGAGACUGCUCUGACAGUAUACGUACCUUCUAAUGAAUUUUAGAUGUAGGAAAAAAAAUUACGAAAUCAAACACAAGUCUUGUGCCCUGUAACGUGUUAUACAAUGCGAAUUAUGAGGGGUUCGAAACAAAGAUCAAAAAUUUACCAUGCAGCUGUCUUCAUCAGCGGAAGACAGUGGUAAGUUUAGAGGUAGAGUGGUGAAAGAUAUCACACUGUACUGCUGUAAUUUUGAGCCCACCCGAUCUGUUUAUUUCAAUAAAGUUUAUGGAAAACAUCGUCAAAGUAACAGACAUUUUGUCUAACAACACGUAUGUUUAUCUUCUAAAUUCUAGUCAUACCGAUUGAAUAUUGCAGUACAUGAUCUUUCAGGGCAAAACAAUUAAUUGGUCUACUUGAUAUAUGAAUUUUUUUCAGGUUUUUUCAUUCACAAUAACUCUCAAAACCUCCGAGGUGAAACACAAAAGUACAUGUAGAAUAGACUAGCAGUGCUACUGUCCUUGGCUAUUUCGUGUUCACGAAAAAAAUAGCAGUGACGCAAUAUGAGGACGCUUGAUAAAUAGAUAUAGACGUGGCGUAAGUGGUUCCACGUAUAACUGGCAAGCUAUUGCUAGAUAGGGAGAUAGCUGGGCGUUAGGUGACAAACUGUGCCGUUCAAUAUAUGUUUAAACAGUGUGCAAUUUUGAUAUUUUUGUGGGAUUUCAUGAAACAAACUUGAUGAAAGAAAGUGAAACGAUAAUGACCGACAGUGAUAACGAACAACCCAAUUAGCAGAAACCAUGUAAACGUCACGGUGACCAUUCCUGUUGCGUUGUGUAUGAGCAAACUUUAUAGUUAUAAAAUGGGGAAAAAAGAGGAAAACGUUGAAGUUUUAAGACUGUGUAAAUAUUAAAGUCAAAAUUGUUACCGUAAAUGGUGACUAUUUGCUGCUACGUGUUUUUGCAGCAAAGGGUAGUUUUUCAUGGAUUAUUGAAUACAUCUUUACAGAUUUUUACUUUUUCACCUUAUUACAGUAUAAAGAAUGCUGCUAUUCCGUUUGCUAUAUAAUUGGCCCAUGAAUGUUAUAGUUGCAUCAAUUUCGUAAUGAUAUUGACAUGAUCAGACUUUCAACGUAAACGUAUAACAGGUCAACUGACGUAAUGCGUACUUUAGUUAUUAAAAUCUUAAAACUACCGCGUAUGCAGUAGAAAGGCCUAACAUUAACCGUUAAAAUGAAUUUGUCCUCCGUUAAAAUAUGCUACUUUUCUGUCUCUGUGAAUCACUUAGAUACGCGAAAUACGAUUUAAAAAAUGGCAAGAUUUCAUAACUGCAUUUUCGCCGAAUGACAGGUAUUUCAUGUGCCUUCGGUAAUUACCGAUAUGACAAUGCACAUUAGUCUGUGAGUGGAUAAUCAACCAUCAUCAAUCGCCCACGUGUAAGUGUUUGCUAUUCAUUACAAGGAAUACGAAUAAAGCUUCAAACUAAACAAGUUCCACAAAUUGAGGACGUUUAUGGAAAGGGAAACCUACACAGAAAUAAUUAUAAGAUAAACACUUUUGUCCGAUGUUGUCUAUGGAAAAGCUUCGAAAACCUAAAAGUGGCUUCAAAUCGACACACAGUUUGUCUUCAGUCAUCACCAAAAUACAGUCAAGGUUACGAAUAGGAGAGCUCGACGUUAAUAAUUUCCUAAAAUUUUGUGCAUCGCUGAUUAGAACAGCUGAAAGUGGAAUUUUAAGUGAUCCAGAUAAUGCCUUUUUGUUAAAUAUUGUUGAUGACAUAUCGUUUACAUAAAUAAAGGUGCUAUUAUUGGUACAGUCGUUGUAGUAAAGGUUGAAUUCGCAAAAUACACUUAAAUGCACCUGCAUGUAGAGCUACACACACGGUUAUAUAUUGACGACUCGUAGAUUUUUAAUUGAAAAUAAUGUUUGGAAUUGAACAGUCAUUUUCAUCAACCACUGAUUCACAUGAACUGACUAGCCACUUUUUAUAGUUAUUGAAAGGUUGAAAUUGUUGAUGAGCAACCGUAAUGGCCGUUUCAUCUAUUCUAAAUCUUUAUGAUGAAUGUCAGUCUUCUUAUUCUGCAUCAAAUGAGCGGGCCCAUGCGUUGUAAUUUUAAUGCUGGAGCUGUCGGUGCAUGUGCACGUUUGUGCCCAUUUAACCUUAUUUUCAAUUCUCAUUCCGCCAUUUUAUUCAAAAGGGUAUCGUGGUGAUGUUUUGAUUUUUCUGCGAAUUUGCACAUUUAUUAGCGCAGGAGUGGUGUGAUGUCAUUUUAAGAAGAAACCUCAAUGUUACAGCUACGUCUGCACUAGAAUUUGCCAGAAUGUUGGAUAUCUUUCCUUCUGAAAUUUUCUUUUCGUCAGUGAUUCGUGUUUGGGUUUUUCAGUACUAGUACUUGACAGUUGGACAGUGAGGAAAGUUUUCUUACAAUAUUUUCAGUGAAAAUUUUCAAUUCGCAAUUUGAACAUAAAGUUCCAGAAAAUAUAUUUCUCCCAGAAAUCUCAUUACAGCAAUAGAGCUCUCGUAUGUCAGGAAUUGCAUGGGAGAUUUUAAAUGGUUAAAAAAGAGCUCAAUUUAAUGAGAAAGGGGUACAUAUAUAAGGUCGAAUAAAAUAGGUUCCCUAGUAAAAUUCAUUUGGGUCUUUUAGGGACAUCCACGCCACUAAGACAAAAAUGUGAGUGAAAGGUUAUCAGAAACAAAUGUCUCAGUCAGACCAGCACUGAAACUUACAUGACGCUAUGUAAUAUGCACCCCUGUAAUGACGCGGUCUGAUGGUUUGACAUCAAAACUUCGAGAUUGGCAGGUACAAUGUUCGUCCAUGCAGCUAUAAAUGGCAAGUUAUUAGGAUCUUAUGUAUUGCAGGCUUAUCAUUGAAUCAAAGUGGGAGGGGGGGUUGGGGGAAUAGGUAUUAGUUCUGUCAAUAGUUAAACAAAUCAAUAGAAAAAUCCGCUUGUGAAACUCUUCAGCUGAUACUUGUUCGUCAAAAGUUUUGGGUUGAUAAUGUGAGGUUUCCGUUGGAUAUACGUUUUAUCGAAAGUGUUCCAAGGGUCGGAUAGGGACUAGAAUUUAGAGAGAUUUAUGGAUUCUGGGCCAGUGUGACCGAUGUAAGGGUUUAUGUUGGAAUUAUGUCUUGUAUAAAAAGGUUUGUUGCUGACUACUUGUAAAUUUUCCAGUUGUGUCCGACUGCCGUAUAUAUGGCCCUGUGGUAAGUGUCGUAACGGAGACAUGUUCAUAUUUUUAAUCAGUUAAGAAUUUGACAAACUGCAAAACCAGAACACGUUUAAGAUGUAUUUAAGAAACUAACGGAAUGUAGCAGCGACUAUUUUUUUUCCUCCAUGGAAAACGUAACGUAAUGAUGACGUAUAUUGAGAUGUAUCGAAGUGUUUAUUGUAAUUUACUUUUGGGUCUUGUUUGUACAUUGUUUUAUUGACUGUCAUUGAUGCCGUGGACAUUAAACAAACGUUAACGAGACGAA